AUGACAUCAUUCAGAGGAAAUAGUGAGUUGCUUCAAUUAACGCUGUGGGAGCCAUUAUACUUUCGUAGUGAAGUUGAGGAGCAAACACGUAAUGAGCAAACGCGUAAUGAUGAGGAAAACCAGCCGCCAAUGCAACCACUGAUGGAGAAUCUGGAGUCGCCGUCUCUGGGACUGAGACCCGAGGAGCUAAGAUGGUUUAGCGAGCAUCUUCAAUUCAAGCACUUCUGGCAUAUGCACAAGGCCAUGUAUUUGGAUAUAACCCAUAAGACUCAGGGGUUGUGGAUGCUCCUUCUACGCACAGCAAAGACAAACAAGAGGAGAGAGUGUUGGUUUGUUGUUAAUGAAGUUCCAAUUUGGUAUUCGCUUAAGGAACAUGCACUCAUAUCUGGAUUAGACUGCCAUGAUUAUCCAAAGAAUUAUGAGAAGAUGGGCAGUAGUGAUUUUAAGGAGAAGUAUUUAAAAAAAAGAACUGUCUCUGCACUUGCUGUUGUUAAAGAGAAGCUUGAAAAGAUGUGUGGUGGUCCUGAUCGCUUAAGAAUGUGUGUUUUGUACUUUCUAGCAAGCUUGUUAGGUGGUAAGGCUAAGACUGGGAAGGGACCUCCCUCGGUAGACCCUUUAUUCUAG